AUGUGUAAGAUGUCCUACCGCUGGAGCCGUGAUCGGGAGAAACAAUCCAUCCCGAACGGGCUCCCUCCAGACAAUAUGCUGAUAGGUUCUCAAGCUUCGCCGGUUGCGAACGGUUCCCCCGUCGCGUCUCCGGUCGCGUCUCGGGACUCGCCCACCCCCAGCAACAGCAUGGAUUCGCCUUUCGUCGAGCGCAGCAACCCAAUGGGCUCCGGCAAUGCCCAGACCGUCACCUCCCGCGACCCCAAGGCCGUGGCCCAGGCUGCUACCGACAUGAAGAACGUUGUUCGACGCAAGCUUACUGGCUACGUCGGUUUUGCCAACCUGCCCAACCAGUGGCACCGCAAGAGUGUUCGUAAGGGCUUCAACUUCAACGUGAUGGUUGUUGGUGAAUCCGGUCUCGGAAAGUCCACCCUCGUGAACACCCUGUUCAACACCUCACUCUACCCCCCUAAGGAGCGCACUGGCCCCAACGCCGAUAUCAUCCCCAAGACCGUGUCGAUCCAGUCGACCAGCGCCGACAUUGAGGAGAACGGUGUCCGCCUCCGCCUGAGCGUGAUCGAUACCCCCGGCUUCGGUGACUUUGUCAACAACGAUGACUCGUGGCGCCCAAUUGUCGAGAACAUCGAGCAGCGCUACGAUACCUAUCUCGAGGCUGAGAACAAGGUCAACCGCAGCAACAUUGUCGACAACCGCAUCCACGCCUGUGUCUACUUCAUUCAGCCUACGGGCCACUCCCUGAAGCCCCUGGACAUUGAGGUUAUGCGCCGUCUCCACACCAAGGUUAACCUCAUUCCCGUCAUUGCCAAGGCUGAUACCUUGACCGACGAGGAGGUUGCCGCUUUCAAGCAGCGUAUCCUUGCCGAUAUCGAACAACACUCCAUCCAGAUUUUCGAGGGUCCCCGCUACGAGCUCGACGAUGAGGAGACCAUUGCCGAGAACCAGGAGAUCAUGUCCAAGGUUCCCUUCGCCGUUGUCGGUGCCAACUCUGAGGUUACUACUGCUGAUGGUCGCCGCGUCCGUGGCCGUAGCUACCCCUGGGGUAUCAUCGAAGUCGACAAUGAGGAGCACUGCGACUUUGUCAAGCUGCGUCAGAUGCUGAUCCGCACCCACAUGGAGGAGCUCAAGGAGCACACCAACAACUUCCUGUACGAGAACUACCGUUCCGACAAGCUCACCCAGAUGGGUGUUGCUCAGGACCCCAGCGUUUUCAAGGAGGUCAACCCUGCCGUGAAGCAGGAGGAGGAGCGCGCCCUUCACGAGCAGAAGCUGGCCAAGAUGGAAGCCGAAAUGAAGAUGGUCUUCCAGCAGAAGGUUGCCGAAAAAGAGAGCAAGCUCAAACAGAGCGAAGACGAACUCUACGCCCGACAUCGCGAGAUGAAGGAUCAGUUAGAUCGCCAGCGCGGAGAACUCGAGGAGAAAAAGAAUCGCCUCGAAAGCGGACGGCCCAUCGAAGAGAAGGGAGGCAAACGCAAGGGCUUCUCUCUUCGCUAA